AUGAGAGACGAGAAGUCAAAUCGAAAGAACACGCCCGGUGAAAAGCCCAAUGUAUUAUGGAACCUCGUCCAUAUCGUACCGAUGUUACUUCUCCAUGUUACGAUCAACAAGAGCAUGUCGGUCAAGGACAAGGGUCUCCUUUGGUUCUCGGCCUUGGUAGUCUUUCGAUACUGGCGCGCUAUCGUUACCCAAUUCUUCUAUACUCGAUACAAGCUAGCAGAAGUGCCGUCUGAUCGAGAUCUAAAGUUCAACUGGAAAGAUUGCACGGUUAUUGUACCGACAGUCGGCCCUAAAGAUAACCCAGUGUUUGAGGAGGUGGUUGCAGCCAUCUUUUGGAACAGACCAGCGCGAGUCAUCUUUUCGGCGAACAAUUCAGGAGCCCGAGAUGACGUCAAAACAAAACUUCGCGAAGUGUUCAAAGAUUUCGACGGAGACAUAACCAGAUAUCAAAAGAGCUAUGGCCUAGGAGAGGGCCGGAUCCCCGAGAUACCCACGGAAGUCAACUGUAUAUUCAUCAAUGAGUCGAACAAGCGCAAGCAGACUUAUGAAGCUAUCAAGGAUGUGAAAACAAAGAUCAUCCUCAUGGUCGAUGACACCGCUAUCUGGCACCCACACUUUUUGCGAGCAAUUCUGCCGGCCUUUAACGAUCCACGUGUCGGGAUCGUGGGUACGCACAAGCGAGUGGAAUACAGACGCCCUUCUCACACCGAUGACGAACACAAGGGGAUGAGCCGCAUUGAGUUCUGGCUAAACUGGUAUCAUGCCGGUCUGUGGAACACCAUCGGCGCGCAGUAUCUUGACCGUCAUAGCUACGAGAUUCGGGCAUCAAAUACUGCUGAUGGCAGCGUGUUCGCCAUAUCCGCUCGUACCCUUGCCGUACGAACCGAGAUAUUGAACAACGAAAAUUUUCAAACGGCGUUCGAGAACGAGUACGUAUUGGAGCGGGGAAAAGGCUUCUCCGAAAAAGGUGUCGGGCCCCUACUCGCGGACGAUGACAACUUUAUCACACGGUGGGUGAUCAAUCGUGGAUGGAAUGUUAAGGUUCAGUCUUCGCCCGAAGCAACCAUGACCACGAUAUUAGGAGGCGUCAAGAUAUUCAAGUAUUUGAAUCAAUGUGAACGCUGGAGCCGUACAACUUUCCGUCAGAAUCCUAUUGCGCUCUUCAACGAUCGGACCAUCUGGUGGAAAUGGCCCAUCGGAGUCUGGACAGUGUACUUCCCGUGGAUGUACAACUUCGCGGUCUUAUGGGAUGGUUUGGUAAUCUUUGCCUUCCUGCGAUCUGGACUAUAUCAGGACUCCUCGAAUGGCAGCGCACGACUUGUCUAUCUGAUCUUGGCUAUAUGGGCGACUAAGCUCAUUAAAACUUGGCGAUGGUUCUUUGAACACCCUCUGGACUUCUUCCUGUACUUCAUCAUCCCGGCGUACCCCUUGUUCAUAUACUACCAUUCUUGGAUCAAAAUUUAUACAGCGCUGAGUUGCUGGAAUAACGAGUGGUCUGGAAGGAACGUGAAAAAGGCAGAAGAAGUGGCAGGAAGUGUGGCAGGAAGUGUGGCAGGAAGUGUGGCAGGAAGUGUGGCAGGAAGUGUGGCAGGACUUGUUCCUAGUUGA